GUAGUGAGGUCAUCGUGGUAAAGCUACAGACUCUGAAGGGGGGGGGGCAGCCUGGGCACAGUGCUGACCUGGAAGUUCCGGAUCAGCGCAGACAGGCUGGUACCGAGGCAGUGUUUAUUUGACCAAACAGAGACACUCCUCCACGUGGAUGUCCUGAUAGCUGCAGUUACUUUGGGAUCAGGCUUCAUGUUACGGAGAGACUAUUCUAAACUCCUGCAGCCUCUGUGUUCGCACCGACUGGGGAGGGCUGAGGUGGGGGGUCGAGCUGAGCUCAGCGCUGCAGGGAACUGGCGCUGACAGGCGGCCUUUGUUCUGUCCUCCACACGCGCACCGCGCUCGGACUAUAAAGAGGGUUGUUCUGAUGCCUCGGCGUUGAGCGUCUGCCUCCCUCUUCUUCUAAACCUCAUUUGUUCGUUUCCUCCCCGCAGCCUUCGCCUGCUUCAUGGCCUCCGCCGCCCGCGGCGCGCCUCUGCCGGAGCGCAGCGGCGCACUUGUUGAGGAUCCGCAGUUUCAGGAGAUUCUGCAGAGGAGCCGCAGCUUGACGCAGAAGAUCCUGCUCUCCAUAGCCGACACGCACAAAUCCUGCGUGCAUUCCCAGACCCUACAGUUGACUUCUUCAGAAAAUACCAAGCUUGCAACCAUGGCGUCCACUAUUGGCAUCCCCCCGGCUCCUCUACUCAGGGCGGUUUCUGAAAACUUCACUCUGGAAUCAGGUUUGAGAGCCAUGCAUGAUGGCCUGCAGCUGCACCACGGCUUACUGAGUUCCAUCUCCCCUCGACUAAAAGUGAAAGAGAAAGUGGUUGCAUUGAUGGCUGAUAUUAGAGAUCUUAAAGUCCAGGUUGUUAAGAUGGAAAAAAUGAGCCAAACUUCAGACGCAGUCCCUCCCACGUCAGCCUCGGUGGAACUGCGGCUCCCGGGGGAUUAUGAGGUCCAGGUGGCGGCGCACCUCACCCUGGUCCAGCUCCAGACGUUCAGCCAGGACGUGGCCCGCUGCCUCAGGAGUCUGGACCGCAGCAAUGAUGAGGAUGAUGAUGAGAAGGAGAGCUGAUCAGCGGCCGUCAUACUCUAGUUUUGGCCCGAGCCAAAAAGCCUACGUUGACAUUUUUUUGUUAUGGUAUUUAUUGAUCUGUCUGCAGAUUAUUUAUUUGCUAAAAUCUAUUUUUAUUUAUGUAUUUAUUUCUAGAGACGGAAUGUAUUUAUUUAGGGAAUAUAUUUUUUUGAAAAACAUUUGUCGGCUGUAUGACCAGGUACUCAUAUUACUGAGUUUUGGGCACAUAUUAAAGACGUUACAGAUGGUGUUGCAUUAAAAAGAAACUCAUUAUUUUUGUAUUGCUAUUUAAAACCUUAUACAUGCCAUUUUCUGACGUCUCAGUAA